GCAUGGCCCGCAUUGCGGCGUUCUUGCUGGUGGCGCUGCUCUCCUUAGACGUGCAUCUCGCGCAGUCCGCGUCGUGCCGAUCAUGCCCGCCGACAAAGCCUUCCCAGCCUCCACCGUGUAAGCACAAGUCUUCACCAUCGUCCAUACCCUGCCCUCCACCUUCAAAAACUCCCAUGCCCUCACCAACACCCACACUCACCCCGGUGACUCCGACGCCGGCACCGACCCCGACUGUCUUCAUCCCUCCACCUACAAACACUCCGGCACCCACGCCCAUACCGACCUCUGUAACUCCAACAUCGGCACCUCCCCCUAUGAUGCCUCCAAUACCAACCCCUAUAACUCCGGCGCCGGUACCACCUCCUCUCUCUCCAACACCAACACCGGUGGCCCCAACACCUACACCCGUGAUGCCGCCAACACAGACGCCUGUGACACCAACGCCGGCACCGACCCCUGUUUCUCCAACGCCAAACCCGGUGGCCCCAACACCUACCCCUGUGAUGCCACCAACACCGACGCCGGCAUCGACCCCUUUCUCUCCAACGCCAAGUCCGGUGGCCCCAACACCGACCCAUGUGGUUCCGAUGCCAGCACCAACCCCUGUCUCUCCAACGCCAACCCCGGUGGCCCCAACACCGGCCCCUGUGAUGCCGCCAACACCAACAUCGGCGACUCCGAUGCCAGCACCGACCCCCGUUUCUCCAACGCCAACCCCGGUGGCCCCAACACCGACUCCUAUGAUGCCGCCACCACCGACCCCUGUGACUCCGAUGCCAGCACCAACCCCUGUCUCUCCAACGCCAAUCCCGGUGGCCCCAAUACCGACCCCCGUGAUGCCGCCAGCACCCACCCCUGUGACUCCGACGCCACCCCCAGCCCCGGCCGCAGCGCCGGCUACAUCGACCGGCAAGUGCCCCGUGGACACACUAAAGCUGCGUGCGUGCGUGGACGUGCUCAAUGGGCUGUUGCACACGGUGAUCGGCAGUAGCGCCAGCAAUACAUGCUGCCCGCUGCUGUCCGGCGUUGCCGAUCUCGACGCUGCUCUCUGCCUUUGCACCACCAUCAAGGUCAAGGCCCUCAACAUCAACCUCAUGCUGCCCAUCGCCAUCGAGGUGCUCGUCAACCAGUGCGGCAAGAGAGUGCCGAAAGACUUCCGCUGCCCUACAACCCCUGUCUCUCCAACGCCAACCCCGGUGGCCCCAACACCUGCCCCUGUGAUGCCGCCAACACCGACCCCUGUGACACCAACGCCGGCACCAACCCCUGACUCUCCAACGCCAACUCCGGAGGCCCCAACACCGACCCCUGUGAUGCCGCCAACACCACCCCCUGUGGUUCCGACUCCAGCACCGACCCAUGUCUCUCCAACGCUAACCCCGGUGGCCCCAACACCGACCCCUGUGAUGCCGCCAACACACACCCCUGUGACUCCGACGCCAACCCCGGCCCCGGCCCCAGGCCUGGCGACACCGACUGGCAAGUGCCCUGUUGAUACGCUGAAGCUGCUGGCGUGCGUGGAUGUGCUCAAUGGGCUGUUGCACGCGGUGAUCGGCAAUAGCACCAGCGAUACAUGCUGCCCGCUGCUGUCUGGCGUGGCCGACCUCGACGCCGCUCUCUGCCUUUGCACCACCAUCAAGGUCAAGGCCCUCAACGUCAGCCUCGUGCUGCCCAUCGCCAUCGAGGUGCUCGUCAACCAGUGCGGCAAGAGAGUGCCGGACGGCUUCCACUGCCCGAACUAAGCUCCAUUGAUUACUAUAUGUAUGUACUAUCAGUAUCACCUGCAUCUGUAUGC